UUAUAGGAUGGUACCUUGAUCCUUAAAUAUUGUCCAGUGUGUAAGGUCAGUGUGCAAAGGGUUAGGCUUAGAGUGGGUUGAUUUUUCUUAAAGGGGCAGAUCAGGGAAAGGCUAUGAUGGUGCUGGGGGGGGGGGGGGAGAUAAGUGAUCUGAAGAAGAGGAUAGGACCAAAAAAAACCCCCUGAUGGUGAUGAAUACAUUGGAAAGUUUUUUUGGCCCUGGCGAGGGUGUCAGAUUGAAUGCUCUGUGCGCAUGUGCGAAGGUGUCCAAACUGACAAUGCUUGGGAGAUGAAGAUAGUGUGUAGCUGCUUCUGGGCUCAAGGAGGAGGAGAAGAAUCCACAAGCCGACAAGAUGAGAUCCAAGGCGAGGGCGAGAAAACUGCCCAAAAGUGACAGUGAGAUUGUAAAUAGUAUGUAUGAGACAGACCCUGAUCUCCUGGCUGGUGAGAGUGCAGAGGAGGAAACAGAGGACAGUAUUAUGUCCCCUAUCCCCGUCGGACCUCCAUCACCUUUUCCUACCAGUGAGGACUUCACCCCCAAGGAAGGCUCACCUUACGAAGCUCCCGUCUACAUUCCUGAUGACAUUCCAAUCCCGCCAGACUUUGAACUCAGAGAAUCCUCGAUUCCAGGGGCAGGGCUGGGGAUUUGGGCCAAAAAGAAGAUUGAAGUUGGGGAAAGAUUUGGACCUUACAUGACAAUACCAAGGACCACAUUAAAGGAAACAAACUUUGGAUGGGAGCAAGUACUGACUGAUCCUGAGGUGGCAUCCCAAGAGGGCUGUAUAAAAAAGGUAGCCUGUAUGAAAAGAGUUGAUGAUCUCAGACCAGUUCCUAGUGGUCAGUUGCCUUCACAAAAAAUUAUCAUCAUAGAGGCACAAAUUAUACCUCUUUCUUUAGAAACAGCAUCAAAGAAACCAACAAGCAAAUGGGCCAUGGAGUCUGAACCUUCUCGCUCUAUAAGUGGGCUCUUCGGGUCAGGGUUGAGGCAUGAUGCUAGAGAUUAUGUUGUGCUCAGUACUGCUAAAACAACAGAAAGUGAAACUGUGACCAGAUUAACAAAAUGCAAGACUCCAUUAGACCUACUGGAGACUGGCAUUUCUGAAAAAAACAAUAAUAGAUCUUUUGUACAAUAA